UCACAGAAUGCUGGUCGUGAAACUUGUUUUAAUUUGUUCUUGCUAAUUCCUCUCCCUCUCUUCUUUCCUUUCCAGAAUCCUAUUCUGUGAACUCAGGCGCUCAGGUAUCCACCACGGUGUUGGGUCCUGAACAGAAGAUGCCAGAUGAAAAUGCUUCUGGAGACCAUGGGGUCUCUGUCAGUCUUGGUGCCAUCAACCCUGCCCGCAGUAACUUCUCAAUUCCACAGUCCCCUGGGGCACACACAGAGGAACCCUUUACCACCUACUUUGAUGAGAAGAUUGCCAUUCCUGAGGAGAAGCACUCCUGUUUUAGCUUUCGCAAACUCUGGGCUUUUACGGGACCAGGAUUUCUUAUGAGCAUUGUGGAUCCAGGAAACAUUGAAUGUGAUUUGCAGUCUGGAGCACUGGCUGGAUUUAAGCUGCUCUGGGUCCUUCUGUUGGCCACCACCGUGGGGCUCCUGCUGCAGCGCCUUGCAGCUCGACUGGGCGUGGCCACUGGGCUGCAUCUGGCUGAGGUCUGUCACCGCCAGUACCCCAGGGUUCCACGAAUCCUUCUGUGGCUGAUGGUGGAGUUGGCUAUCAUUGGCGUAGAUAUGCAAGAAGUUAUUGGCUCAGCUAUUGCCAUCAAUCUCCUGUCUGUAGGAAGGAUUCCUCUAUGGGGUGGAGUUCUCAUCACCAUUGCAGAUACCCUUAUAUUUCUUUUUUUGGACAAAUAUGGUUUGCGGAAGCUAGAAGCGUUUUUUGGUUUUCUCAUCACUAUUAUGGCCCUCACGUUUGGCUAUGAGUAUGUUACAGUGAAACCCAGCCAGACCCAGGUCCUCCAAGGCAUGUUCCUGCCAUCCUGUUCAGGCUGUCGUACCCCACAGAUCAUUCAGGCUGUGGCCAUCGUGGGUGCCGUUAUCACACCACACAACAUAUACCUGCAUUCUGCCUUAGUCAAGUCCAGACAGGUAGACCGAGCCAAUAAGCAGGAAGUUCAAGAAGCCAAUAAGUACUUCUUCAUUGAUUCCUGCAUUGCUCUCUUUGUUUCCUUUAUCAUCAACAUCUUUGUCAUCUCAGUGUUUGCCGAAGCAUUUUUUGAGAAAACCAACAAGCAGGUGGUUGCGGUCUGUAAAAACAGCAGCAGCGCCCAUGCUCACCUUUUCCCUGAUGAUAACUCAACACUGACUGUGGACAUCUACAAAGGGGGUGUUGUGCUGGGGUGUUACUUCGGGCCUGCCGCUCUCUACAUCUGGGCGGUGGGGAUCCUGGCUGCAGGGCAGAGCUCCACCAUGACAGGAACCUAUUCUGGCCAGUUUGUCAUGGAGGGAUUCCUGAACCUAAAGUGGUCACGCUUCGCCCGAGUGAGUCUGACCCGCUCUAUUGCCAUCAUUCCCGCUCUGCUUAUUGCUGUCUUCCAAGAUGUGGAGCAUCUAACAGGGAUGAAUGACUUCCUGAAUGUUCUUCAGAGCUUACAACUUCCCUUUGCUCUCAUACCCAUCCUCACAUUUACGAGUUUGCGGCCUGUGAUGAGCGAAUUUGCCAAUGGAUUAGGCUGGAGGAUCAUAGGCGGUAUUGUGGUCCUUGUCAUCUGUUUCAUCAACAUGUACUUUGUCGUGGUUUAUGUCCAGGGUCUAGGGCACGUGGCAUUGUACGUGGUGGCUGCAGUGGUCAGCGUAGCUUAUCUGAGCUUUGUGUUUUACUUGGGUUGGCAGUGUUUCAUUGCACUGGGCAUGUCCUUCCUGGACUGUGGGCACACGCACCAUCUGGGACUGACAGUUUAGCCUGAAGAACUCUACCUUCCGAACACCGUGGACGCUGACUCACUUGUGUCUAGAUGGCUGACAGCCUGACUGACUAUAUAUGACCCACUUUCUCUUAGUCCUUUGUGCCAAGUGUCAUGUUAAUAAAUCUGUUUGUUCAGUGGUGAGUUUUGUUCAAACAUUUUGAACAAAAGGUAAAGAUUUCCUCAUAGGAAGGGCAUGAAAGGCUGAAAGCUGUCAAGUGUAGGUCAGAGACCCACCACCUCACAACAGUCCUACAACUGCCCGAGUUAAGUAAUUAGCCUAUGGUGGCCACACACCCCUAUGGGCUUCUGCCUGGACUUCAGGAAUUUUAAAAAUAUAUAUGUGUGUAUGUUUAUGUAAACCUGAACAUAUCAGUUUGGGUAGAGUUUUAUAUAAACAUGAUAGAUAUGUUGUAUUUUUUAAAACAAAUAUUGCUCACAUAAAUCAGAUAUUUAUUUUGUCUGAAUCACAAAUGACAAAAGAAAAAGAGCACUGUUCUUUUUCAGAAUGAACUGGUCAAAUUGACUUAUUUUUAAAGUGAUACUUGACUAUGGCCUGUUAAACUUGACUUGGAUUUAAUUAAACAGCCCUUGGUAACUACUAGUAUUUGCAGUGCUGCUGCUGAGUCGCUUCAGUCGUGUCUGACUCUGUGCGACCCCAGAGAUGGACCCCACCAGGCUCCCCCGUCCCUGGGAUUCUCCAGGCAAGAACACUGGAGUGGGU